AUGGCCAAAAGUCGGAGAAUAAGAUCUCGUACAAAUACAAAUGCUUCAACGAUCUCAUCUCGUGUUGAAAAUAUCAAAAAUGCGUUGACAACAAAUGGAAUUGGACAUUGUGAUGAACAUGGCUCCAUUACUUCUUCGAAUUCCGAAACUGUAAGUUGUUUUUGUAAAGAGCUUUUCCGUUUUUAGAUAAAGAAGUAGAUUUUCUUUAUGAUCUGAUGGAGAAUAAUAUUUUCUUAAUGUUUAGAUUGAAUAUCAUGAGAACGUCACGAAUAAUGACGCUAAAAUAUAUAGUCAAUUAGUGGCACAGCUAAUUGUCAGCCGGCUGCUGUUGUUUGCUACACAAUGCGUUCUUGGGCUGUUGCCUGAUGCUGCUACUGACGCCUUUAAGGUCAAGGAAUCUGAAGGUACGUAAAUUUUGAAUAUGAAGUGUUAUUCGAUACUAAAUUUUAAUAAAAACUUAAUAAAAAACGUUAUUUUAGUCUGUUCAUAUCUUUAGAUUACAUGCACAGUAGAUUUGUUCGACCAAUGUUUGGUGGCUUGACAAGAUGGGAUGGGAUGCAUUACCUUCAUAUUGCUGAACAUGGUUACACCUGGGAGAGUACAUUGGCGUUCUUCCCAUUAUUUCCAAUGAUUCUGAGGUUCUUGGGGACAUUGAUAUCGACAGGGAUAUCUUCGCUUAGUUUUUACAGUGCAAUGGUUGUUGGUGGAGUGUUGUUUAACAAUGUAAGUUAUUCUGUUUUGUUGUCGUUAUGUUUUUAGGUAACAAAGCUCCAAAAUGAGAAUUAAAAGCUGAAGAAUACCUAAAUUAACCUUGUUUUAUACCUAAAACAAUGUUUUCAGACCAUCUUCGUGCUAAACGGCCUAUUAUUGUACCAGCUGUGUUUAAAACUGACCAAAUCUGAAAAAGAUUCAAUCCUUGCCGUCUACGUCUACUGUUUCAACCCAUCAUCAGUGUUCUUCUCAGCAGUUUACUCCGAGAGCUUAUUUAUGUUGUUCACUUUGUUAGGCUUAAAGUGUUUGUAUAAUGACAAAAAGACCUCGUACGACUAUGUUUUUGAUCUCUUAAUGGCAUCAGUGGCAUUUGCUUUGUCAUUUUUCACACGAUCUAAUGGAUGGUUGAACUUUGGUUAUGUUGGAUAUCAAAUUAUGUUAUCAUUGCUUACUAAUAAUGGCAAAUGGGAACGAAAAAGAAGAGUUUUUGUUAAAGUAAGUUGGGGUAGGCUUAAAAAUAGUAAUUAGAAGAUGUGUUUUGUUUUUUUAACAUUAUUAGGCUUAUUUAUGGGUUUUGAGGUAACAAAUAAAAAAUUUUAGGCUUAUAACACUAAUUUUUUACUUUUAGGCUUAUAACUUGUGUUUAAGGUAUUUAAUCAAAUUUUUAACUUUAUUAGGCUUAGGUUAUUGGUCUAAGGAUGUCAGAAAACAAUUUUUGGUUAGAAAUUUGAAUUUUUUUUAUUUCAUAAGCCUAAAAUUAAAAAAUUAAUAUUUCAAGCUCAAAUUUCUUUUCUGAGAUCUUUGGACCCAUAACUUAAGCCUAAUAAGGUUUAAAAUCAAAUUAAAGUUCUUAGAAGUCGUUUAUAAGCCUAAAAAUAAAAAAAUUGGUACUUAAGCCUAAAAUUAAAAACUUAAUAUUUCAAGCUCAAAUUUCUUUUCUGCGUUCUUUGGGCCCAUAACUUAAGCCUACUAAGGUUUAAAAUCAAAUUAAAGUUCUUAGAAGUAGUUUAUAAGCCUAAAAGUAAAAAAUCGGUAUUUAAGCCUAAAAUUAUUUUUUGGUGUCUUUGUGUCUUUGAGCCUACAACUUAAGCCUAAUAAGGUUUAAAAUCAAAUUAAAGUUCUUAGAAGUCGUUUAUAAGCCUAAAAGUAAAAAAAUCGGUAUUUAAGCCUAAAAUUAUUUUUUGGUGUCUUUGUGUCUUUGAGCCUACAACUUAAGCCUAAUAAGGUUUAAAAUCAAAUUAAAGUUCUUAGAAGUCGUUUAUAAGCCUAAAAGUAAAAAAAUCGGUAUUUAAGCCUAAAAUUAUUUUUUGGUGUCUUUGUGUCUUUAAGCCUACAACUUAAGCCUAAUAAGGUUUAAAAUCAAAUUAAAGUUCUUAGAAGUCGUUUAUAAGCCUAAAAGUAAAAAAAUCGGUAUUUAAGCCUAAAAUUAUUUUUUGGUUUUUUUGAGCCUAUAGCCUAAGCCUAAUGGCGUUUAAAAUCGGUUUUAUGAACGUUUGCUUCAUUUUUAAUUAAAAAAAAGAUUAAAAAGUUCAUUUUUCAGGGUAUCAAAUACUUCCCACUGUUAUUAAUAUGCUUUGUCAUCGUAAUCGCCCCUCUAAGAUCUUUUUCCGCAACACAAGAAGAAAGAUUUUGCCGCUCAACAACAAUAUUCGCAUUCGAUGAAACCGAAGAACCAUAUUCAAAUCCGUUUCAUGAUGAAUAUAUGUCAGGCCGAGUGCUGCCAGGAGAUAUACCAAAGCUAAAAUGGUGUCACAAAAGGAACGACCUCUCAAUAUUACCGGUAUAUUACUCUUCAUUACAGCGAUCCUACUGGGAUGUAGGAUUUUUACAGUAUUGGCAGUUGAAGAAGAUCCCCAUGUUCAUAAUGGCAUUACCUACAUUGACUAUAUUAUUGUAUGGAGUCGCGGAUAUUGUACUGGAUAUUACACUGGAUUCGAGGAAUGGAGCUGUUAUUCUGCAUGAAAAUAACUAUUUGAUACCUUUUGCUAUCCAUUCGACAGUUUUAGGCUUAGGAGCAGUGUUUUUCUAUAAUGUUGAGGUAGGCUUUGAAUUUUUGUUUUUAUUUAUUUAUUUAACAAAAGAAGGUUUUUGAGAAAGGUGUAGGCAGGUAGUAGAGUAAAAGCCUAAGCUUAAUAACUUUAAACCUAUUGAGCGUAAUCUUGCUAUGAGUAAGUCUUCUAAGUCCAAGCCUAUUAAGGUUAAGCUUACUAAGCUUAAGCAUACUAAGCGUAAGCCUAGUAAGAUUAAGGUUUUUAAUUCUAAGCCUACUAAGAUCAAGCUUAACAAGCCUAAGCCUACUAAGAUUAAGUCUACCAAGCACAAGCCUUCUGAGCCUAAGCCUACUAAGCCUAAAUUUAAAGCCUAGUCCUAAUUUUAUUAAGCCUAAACCCACUGAAACUAAACCUAAUAACCCACAGUUCAUUUUCAGGUAGUGACACGCAUCCUCUUCUCCACCUCCCCCUUCAUGUACAUUACUAUCGCCCGCAUCAUGUCCCAACACUGCCCCCGCAUCAAGUGUCCCGAUGAUCUCAUGGAACCGCCGGUAUUUCCUUUCUUCGCCAACUACUUUUUUGUUCGAACCACGAGCAAAGUCCUUAUCAUCUACUUGCUCGGAUACUGUUUCUUCGGUACUGUGGCUUUUGUCAAUUGGCUGCCAUAUUGUUAA